UUCACACACUUCUUAGACUCGAAUUCAUCCCGCCCAGCCAUCUAGCCUAUCCUGAAUUACUGAUUCGAAGUACAAUUCAGACUAUGGCAGUCAUUCCUAGCUAAAGAAGAAGCCCCUUCCUCUGUCUCAAAAACCUCUGCAUCAAUGAGUGAUCCUGCUGCGGAUGGGGAGAGAAAGCGUCUCAAGACCCUCGCCGACUGCGAUUCCGUCCAUGUCAUUCCCUACCUGCCAACAGAUAUUAUUACAAAAAUCCUAAUCAGACUUCCCGUCAAAACCCUCGUCAAAUUUAGGUGCGUAUGCAGAUCCUGGCUUUCUUUGAUAUCUGAUCCCAUAUUCGUCCAGAAGCAUCUGAGAGAUUCCACCCAAGACAAGGGUCUUGCACACCAUAGACUUAUGAUGAGCCCUCGUAGUUUUGAAGUGAAAUCAUGUUCUCUCUCAUCUGUUUUGAAUGAAGAAUGUCCUAGUACACAUGACCACUAUUAUCCAUUGAAGCACCCGAAACGCGCUCUUUUCAUUGUUGGUUCUGUGAAUGGAUUGGUUUGUAUCGCUAUAGACAAAGGUUCUGUAUUUUUAUGGAACCCAUCUACUAGGAAAUCAAAGAGACUGCCCAAUUGUGGCUUUAAAAAGCGUUCAGGCGGACGCAUUGUAUAUGGGUUUGGUUAUGAUGAAGCUAGUUCUGAUUAUAAGGUGAUUGUCACUAAAUCUGAAUUAUUUGGUGGAGCCCCUUUCAAGACUGAAGUAAAGAUUUAUGGGUACAAGAGUGAUUCAUGGAGGAGAAUUGAAACUUUCCCUAAAGGCCACUUUCCCAUGGAUGCUCGGGGCACCUUUGUGGGUGGAUCACUUCACUGGACUGCAAGUAGGGAAAAUGAUUUCACCGAUUCUUUGAAUAUUCGGAAACCUAUAGUCUCUUUCGAUUUGUCAAAAGAAACGUAUUCUGAAUUCUCGCAACCCCGGUAUGGGAAGGGUGCUUCCGAUUCAAAGCUAGGAGCUUUAUCUGACAACCUCUGUCUGCUAUGUAGCAUUCAUUAUAGACGAUUCGAUGUAUGGGUGAUGAAGGAGUAUGGAAAAGUAGAGUCUUGGUCUAAGUUGUUUUCAAUACCGUAUCCUAGUCAGCUAGAGGAUUUCCCGUAUUCCUAUUCUGUACCCUUGUGUAUUUCUUUUAGGAAAAAUGAAGUGCUUUUGGUGGCAGGAUCGUGUUUGGUGUUGUAUAACGUGGACAACCAUACGGUUAGGCUUACCAACAUUCAAGAUUGCCUUCUACGAUACAAACUUAAAGCAUACACUUAUAUUGAGAGUCUAGUCUCGCCUUAUCCUGAAUGAUGCAACAUAGAGAGAUGAUUGAUGGCGAAAUGGUAAAAAUAUUUUAAUUUUGAUCCUUUAAUGUGAAAAUGAUUUGGACUUGUAUGAUUUGAAGCAUGAAAUAUCGGUUUAGAUUACUCUUUUUUGCUGCCAAGUUUAGAUGAUUACAUCUUAUAAAAAUAAGGACAUAUAGAAGGGUUAAACAUGCUUCCAAGGUUUUCAUAGACUCUAUAUGCAUAAAAUUUGACCCUGAUUUUUUUUUCAUUUCUAUAU